UCAUCAGCAUCAACUCUUCAUUUGGUUCAAAACGCUCAACUCAUCAAACCUCCUGAAAUGGCUCAAUCGGUAAAAACAUUCUGCGUUUGUCUGUGUCUCGUUACAUUCUUUGCAAUGGAAGUGAAAGCCCAAACUACCGAUCGCACUGCAGAGUUCGAAGCCCUAUGUGACAGAUACAGGCAGGUGGUUGACACGUGUGAAGAAGAUCUAAGAGGACUUCUUACAUCUACUGAACAGAACCUGUUUGAUGAAGCUGAGAAUGAUAUGGUGUGUUUGGUAGAGGAAGGAGAGCAGGAUAGCGCUGAUGCCUGUGAAAUCUUGGAAAAAAUUUGCCUUGAAGUUGUCGACUGUUCCUCUACAGCUCGUUUCAGACGUUCCUCGUCUGUCUCUGCCGAAUCGUCAUCAGUUGAAUCUAGUGAAACAGACUGAGGAGGUCAUCGCAGGUCAAAAAUCGAAACACAGUACCCCAUAUUUGCUUUGAGACCGACGUAAUGUCUUAUGAAAAUCACUUUUCCAUUCGACUUUUAUAUUAAGUAACAUUUUUAGAUGCUGCUUGUUUCCUUUUUAUGUCUCAUCCAUUCACUAGUAUAUUCAAAUAAAAU